CCACGGCAAAGGAAGCGACCAAUACGCCAGUGCUCAUUCUUCGGUCAAGGAAGAAGGACGUAGGCCAGUGGCUCCUCUGACCCCACUUUCUUCGUUAAUGUCACAACACAACCGCUCUCAGCCUCGAUUUGCCGGACACACGACGGUACUCAGAAAUUGGGCGGAAGAGGCCAAUAUCAUAACGAGGGACGAGGGUCGCCGCGUUUCUGCUUCAGUCGCCCUCCGUCCGCGCUUCCUCCUCUGCCCUCGCGCCGCGGGCCUCGCUCUCCCCCGGGCACUCAGCCUCCCGCAGACACAGACACGAGGACUCCUUGAACAGCUGGCCUUAGGAAACUCAGCUGAAUUCUCACAGCCAUCAACUCGUCAACCGUAGGCCUUCAACCCAUCAACCUCAACUGCCACGUCACACACCUGUCUCCUGCGCUUCCGAAGAGAGUGGAAUAAAAAUGUCACUCCAAGCACUUGCGUUAACAAUGGCGGCCCUGGCACUAGUGGCAUCAUCGACGGGUCAGGUCAUCCGCAACAUCACAUUCGAGCCCGAGAGUCUGCUGAGAGUCUCCGCUGAGACGUCGCACUCAGUCAAGUGGUUCUCGGACACAGAAGCCGAGGUGGUGCGCGUCGAAGCCAAGAUGGAGGAUGAGUUUGUGGCGAUAGUGACGGCCACGAGUGAGCCAGUGAAGGGGCGUUUGGAAGACAAUUUCACGCACUCUGGCCACGUCAACAUCAGCGCCCUCUUCAUCGGCUACAACACCCUCGAAGUGACGCUUUUUGACGAGUUCAAUAAUAGCGUCUCCAGCGGCGGCAUGAAGAUGACGGUGUUGCUCGCCUAUCAAGAGCUCAACGAUAUUUUCACUUGGGUGAUGGCGUUGCUCGUGGCCAUCCUGUACCUGAUCAUGGGCGCCACCCUGGAUCUGGAGAUCGUCAAGGGCAUCAUCAAGAAGCCAGUAGGACCUGCCGUGGGGGUCUUCUGCCAGUACGUUCUCAUGCCAGCGAUCUCCUUCCUGCUCGGCCUCGCCCUGUUCCCGGACGACCCCCUCCUGCGCCUCGGCCUCUUCCUGAACGGCAGCUGCCCCGGCGGAGGAGCCUCGAACAUGUGGACGCACCUGCUGGGCGGCUCGCUCGACCUGUCCAUCAUGAUGACCUUCAUAUCGACCAUCACUGCCUUCGCUGCCGUGCCGUUCUGGGUGCUGAUGGUCGGCCCCGUGAUCCUCGCCGACGGCCAGUUCACGAUCCCCUUCUUCGACAUAUUUAUCACCGUCAUCUCCCUUAUCAUCCCGUGCGGCAUCGGCAUCUUGAUCCAGGUCUUCUUCCCCAAGACAGUGAAAUAUUUCGAGAAACUGCUGACCCCGAUGUCGGCGUUCAACCUUAUCUUCAUCUUCACUUUCGGAAUCUACGCUUAUCUGUACGUCUUCGAAAUCUUCACGUGGAGGAUGCUCGUCUCGGGAAUCGCUCUGCCGAGUCUGGGCUACUUGUCCGGGAUGAUAAUAGCCUUUCUGUUCAAGAUGUCGACUAAAGAAAUCGUCGCGAUCAGUGUGGAGACUGGAGUUCAGAACUACACCAUUGCUCUGAUCAUUCUUCAGGUCACUCUCGAAUCCCCAGCGGGAGAGAUUUCCGCAGCCGUUCCCGCAGCAGCGACCCUGUUCACGCCCGUGCCUCUGCUCACCAUGCUCGUUAUCAAGAAAGCGUACGACCGCCUCAAAGGUGGAUCUUCCCUUGACAUCACGGACUCCAAACUGCGCGAGGUUACGAGCGCUGCCAAGGCCCACGAAGGGAGCGACCUCCCCGCCAAAACCGACGGCCGACCGGCUUCCAACGGCGGCCUCGACAACCCCGCCAUGGACCUGCAGGACGAGGCUGCCUAGUGCCUUUCCCGCCUUUCUCGGCUCUGCGCCUCUCCUUUGUUGGGGACUUAAUAUUCUUUAUUAAUUCUUCGGUUGUGUACCCGGAGCUUGGUGCAUUCGGGAGAGAUAGCGGUGCCUCGGAAUACAGAGUGACGUCCCCAAGUCCACGAAGACCGUCAAACAUGCGAUAAGGAUUGCCUGAUUAUUCCACGAGUGCCGGACCAACAGACAGGGCUACACACGCGAUAAGAAAGAAUCUACCUGGCAAAUUUGGCAACACUAUGCCAGACCGGGACCCGAUAAGGGCGCGCGGAUCCCCGGAGAACGUUACAUUCCAACGGGCAAGUCAUUCAGUGCUGCGGAUACCCCCUUGCUUUAGUGCCCUAGAUCCGUGUCCACAUGAGGCGGUAUUGCUUUACCGUCUAGUAAAUCCACCUCGACGUCAUCUCUGCUCGUGCCCUCCCAUGCCCCUGCCCCUGUGCCCGCUAAUCAUGCCCGUGUGAACAGGCUUUUAAGUACGUGGCUUAUUUUACAUGAAGCUCUGGAACCGUCCAACCUAAUUUUCUAUGGUAAUAUUUGGGUACAGUAAUAGUUACUUAAUGCCAGUCGACUCCUCUCCCCCAUUAACAGCAGAAGAAAGGUUGUAAAACAGUGUGGAUGACAUUUAAGUUAGACUAAAUGCUUUGUUGUUUUAUCAGGAGUUUAAGUUCCUAUAUCAUUAGUCUUAUUUCAAGAUUGCCAAGUAUUAAGGUUCCGAACCAGAAAGGUUGUCAUGUAACAUUUUUAUCUUAGUAUUAGGUGGCGCUUUAGGGGAUGAUUCGAGAAGAUAUUGAUUUUAUAACAUAUAGAUCAGCAAAUCCUAGAUUGCUAUUAUUCAUUCAAGACGAAGUUUCUUCAUUGUAUUAGUAGCAUUUUAGGAUAGAAUUUCGAUGCGGGCAGGUUUCUAAAAUUUACUAUAAGAUAAGAUCCCAUUCACGAGAUGCAAACCAACCAUGCGGACUUGACACCCAUCUGAAAAGCCUAGGUUUUUCGCUCUACUGCAAAAGGAGUUCCCCGGAAAGUCUAUUCUUAAUCAUUCUAACGAAAAUCGAAUAAACUGAAGUAAGGCUUUCAGAACACUAACAUGUUUAUCCGUCCUGGUCUGUUAUGAAAAAGUGGAACUAGUAUUCUCGUCAUUCCGGCGAACGUACAUGCAAACACACACGCAGACGCAGACGCACAUGCACACGUAUAUACACACACAGACAUACGAACACGUAGCCACAUACUUGUAUAUACAAGAGUAAAAUAUUAGAAUUUAUCUUGAUUUUCAAUGUUCGAUGUUGAUAUGAUUUUACAUCUUUUAAUGUACUAUAUCAUAUUUAAUAAUAAAUACUC